AUGUCUCAAGUUACAUACUUCUUUUUGGCGCUGACCGUACUUGUAUUGACUGUAGAAUGUUCUGUGAUAAGAGUAAAUAAAGUACCUCUUACGGACGGAGUUGUUAUGAAAGUGGUUGUAAAUGAAGAUCCGAAUAACAAAGGCAAUUCUGUAGCAACAAUCAAGAUAGCAAUGGAAAAGGAUGAUGGACACAAUAAGCUUGUAAAGCCAACAGGAGCUGUGCCUUCCAUAGAAGAUAGACUACUAAUAAGAAGCCCUAACUGUGCAGCAGGUCAAGUGAGAGUAGGACCUGUUUGUGUUUAA